CGCGCUUCAACUUGCCUUGGCGAUAGUCGUCUGUCGAAAUUGGUCGCCAUUCGCCGCCAUCUUACCUUGUCGACCUUUCCUUCAGAAGAGGAGAGGAUUUGGAGAAGCGAUCAUGUCUUCAAACAUGGCCAAAUUACCACUUAUGCGCAAUAUUGUCAAGCGUGGCUUGUCUUCAGCCGCUGCCCGAGCAUUGGAAAGUGACUUGCCCAUUGAAUCAAGCGUCUUGGCUAAUAAAGUACAGGUUCUAAGCAUUGAGUCCCAGUCACCUAUUGUACGGGUUUCAGUUCAAAUUAAGGCUGGCUCCCGCUAUGAAACUGCUGACAACCUUGGUGUGUCUCAUGUUCUGCGUGCAGCUUGUGGUUUGACAACAGGUUCACUGUCAACCUUUGCCAUCACACGCUUGAUUCAGGAGAGAGGUGCCAAUUUAUAUGCUGUGAAUGAUCGUGACUCAAUUUCCUAUACUUUGGAAUGUAACGUUCAGGCUAUUGAGCCCUGCUUGAAAGUCCUUCAUACUGUGGCUACAGAGCAGGUUUUCAAGCCAUGGGAACUGUCGGACAAUAUUCCUAGGCUGAAGUAUGAGCUUGCUCUUGUUCCUCCCCAGGCACGUGUUGUUGAUAUGCUCCAUGGUGCUGCCUUCCGAACUGGCCUUGGAAACUCCCUCUUCCUCCCUAAAUAUCUUUUGGGCAGUCAGGGAACUGAAACUCUUCAGCACUUUGUUCACAAUACAUUCUUGGGAAAUCGAACAGUGGUGGCAACAUCAGGAAUCACCCAUAAUGCUGCAAAGGUCUUUGCUGACAAGCUGGGCUAUGCGGAAGGCACUGGUCUGGGAACCAGCUCUCAGUAUUAUGGAGGAGAGCUCCGCAAACGGGGCAAGGGGUUAGCUCACAUUGCUAUUGCUGCUGAAGGAGCUGGAAUCAAUAAGAAGGAAGCCCUUGCAUUUGGCAUUCUGCAACAAGCCCUUGGGACUGGAGCAAAGGUCAAGUAUGGCGCCAAUGCUGGAUCUCCUUUGGCCAAGGCGGUAGCAGAUGCUGCUGCAGGUGAAAAUGCUUCUGCGUCUGCUCUGAACGUGUCCCACCAAGAUGCUGGUCUCUUUGGUGUUGUCAUUACUUGCGAGCCUAAGGUGGCUGGACAGGUGACGGAGGCAGCUGUUAAGAGCCUGCGAGCAGGAUCAGUGUCGGAGGAUGCCGUCAAGCGAGGCAAGGCUGCCUUGAAGCUGGCCAUCCUCAGCGCUGCAGAGAACCCUUUGGCUGCCACUGAAGACAUUGGUCAGCAAGCCCUUCUCACAGGAUCGGCACACUCUGCCUCAGCUUUGGUAGCUGCUGUGGACUCUGUCAGCUCUAGCGAUGUAAACAAUGCUGCAAGAAAAGUUGCCAGUGGAAAGCUAUCAUUGGCUGCCAUUGGUAAUAUCAGUAAUGUACCUUUUUUGGAUCAGUUGAAGUAAACCAAUGAACCUUUCUAUAAACUGUAAAUUGAAUGUAUAUUACCUAUUGAAUGCUUUUAUGCCUUAAAAAUAAAUUUGUUUAAGGUGAAAAUAAAGUUUUUAGCUGUACUGUUCUCUAAGCAAUGUCACCAAUAAAAUAUUGUUCCACAGUUUUAA